AGCUUAUAAUUAAUACUCAAAUCAAUAAGCAUGCUGACUUUGAUAUUGUCAUACAUAUCGUUAACAAUACUGCUUGUUUUAUUGGUGAAAUCUCUUCAACGCGUUGUAGAAAGGGGUAGUAAAUCAAAGAAACUUUCAAACAAAGCAAAGAGGAAACGCGAAAAAGAACAUCAGUACAACGAAAAUCAAUUGGAAACUUUAUCAAAAGACUUGAAUGACAAAAUUGUGAAAUCAAUUACAAAUCUAAAUGGACCUCAACUAAUCGAAAGUGGAAGAUUGCACAAAACAAACCCAAGUCUUGUAACCAAAACCUUUUUAUUUAAAGCAUUGAAAAUUACAAAAAAAUUGAACUGCAUCACUGAAGUUGUGAAAGAUUGUUUGACGACUGCUGAAAAUUUAGAUUCAAAAAACGCAUUUGAUUUGCCGUUGUACAAUGUUCCGGUCACUUUAAAAGAAUGCUUCCAAACAAAGGGUUCUGCGAGUACUGUUGGUAUAUCAAAAUUUCUAGACAACAUCGCUACAGAAGAUUGCGUGCUUGUGAAAGUUUUGAAACAUUGUGGAGCGGUUCCGUUUGCAAAAACUAAUCUUCCUCAAAUGAUGCUGAGUUUUGAAGCCAGCAAUCCCAUAUAUGGAGAGACAUCGCAUCCCCUUAAUCCGAAAUUCGGGCCAGGUGGGUCAUCUUCGGGCGAAGGAUGUAUUAUCGCUGCUGGAGGUUCUGUACUAGGAUUUGGAACUGACACUGGAGGCAGUAUAAGAAUUCCUGGACAUAUUUGCGGAAUUUGUAGUUUCAAACCGACUAUGAAUAGACUGAGUCAGUCAGGGAUUAUAGGACCUAAUGCUAUGGCAGCGCUUGCCACCUCUGCUGGGCCAAUGGCACGUGAUAUAGACACUAUUGUAAUGGCGAUGCGUGCACUUUGCUGCGAAAAAAUGUUUGAGCUGGAUCCACACGUUGUACCGAUAAAAUUUCGGGAUCAGAUGUAUACAAAUAAAAAGCCUCUAAGAAUCGGAUAUUUCGAUGAUGACGGAUACAUGAAACCAAUACCAGCUUGUCAGAGAGCUAUCAAAAUUACAAAGGAAUCAUUAGAAGAGGCUGGUCACACAUUGGUUCCAUAUAAGCCAUAUGAAAAAUUAAUCAUGGAAGAUUUAAAUUGUGCUGGAUUUGCAGAUGGAGGCGAAUCAUUCAUGGAACUACUAGAAAAUGAUGCUGUAGACGUAUCAAUAAAGUUAUAUCAUUCGAUUUGGACCACUCCCUGGAUCUUCAGGAAGAUAUAUGCAUAUUUCCUUAGUUUCAAGUACCCGAGAAUUGCUAAAAAUUACGAAGCUUACUAUGGCAAAGGCGAUACGACUGUUAAUAAAUUAUGGAAGAUGCGAGGAAAGAUAGAACAAUACAAAUCGGAAUUUUGGAAGGAAUGGAGAGAAAAAUAUAAAAUCGAUGCUUUGAUUUGUCCAGUUUCUCCAAUUGUUGCCAGUCCUAAAGGAAAUCUGUCAAAUUUGACUGCAAUGGGAUCAUACACUGCUGUUUUCAAUCUUGUGAACGGUCCUGCAGGAACUGUUCCAGUAACUCGCGUUACACAGGAAGAUGUUGAUGAUUUACAAACGUACAAAGACCAUUAUGAAGAUUCAUUAUCGGAGCUUGUUAAAAAUGCGUGUUCGGGAAGCAUUAAUAUGCCGGUUAGUGUUCAAUGCGCAAGUUAUCCAUUCAGAGAAGAAGUUUGUCUUCGUUUGAUGAAAGAAGUUGAAAGCUUGCUUCCUAUGAAAAACGAUUCGUGAUUACUUGGCAAUAAAGUGAUUGGAAAAUCUUUUUUGGAAAAAUAGAUUCAUGUUCGUCAUAGACAUGACCUGUUACUUGAAAUUCGUUAUUGGGGAUUUAUAAAUAUAUCAGAAUAAAGUAGAAUUCUGUAGUUUUGUUUUGUUACGAAUAUGUGGACGACUAAUUUUGAACGUACUAAUAAAAAAUGUGGAAUGAAAUUACACAAUACAACUCAGGUCCCAUUCAAUUGCUUGUAAUUGUUGCCGCAAAAAUGGAAUAAACAUCAUGUUGGCUUUUUUUCGAGAGUGCGCUUCCAUAAAUUUCAGAAAUAUUUUUGUGGUCCAUAUCCAGAACAGCAUAUUGAUCACACAUUUCACCGGCUAACUCUCGCCGAAUUUGGCUUCACUAUUCACUCAUAUUUGAUCUGCAUUAUAAAAUGGGCGCCCAGAAGUAUGUGUACCAAUAUGAAGGUAACUAAUUUUGUUCGCCUAUUUUACAUUAAUCGUUUAAAGAGACUGGAACCUAUGGGUAAUAACCUGGUACACACACUAAGGAAGUAACAUAAAUGACUACGUUCCAUAAAUAUUGUUUUUUCUCGAGUCGGGAAAUACUUAUUUGACGAUUGCAUUUGCAUAUAUUAUGUACUUUCACGUUUGAAGAUUUUAACAUCGUCAUGGUUACAGAAUAUUUUUUAUACUUUCCUGGUGGUUUAGUUGAGUUAAUAAAAUGUCAAAUUGUUUCAAUUGCAACAAUUGCAGAACAAUUUAUUCGAUGUAAUUGCAUGAUAGCGUUUCCGCGCUCGUAUAGAUAACCAACUAACUUGA